AUGGCUGCGCGCCGUAGCCUUGUUUUAGCUAUGGCGGCGGCUGCGGUGCUGCCAGCACCCACGCAGUUCAAAGCGGCUCGAGCCGCGGUGGCGGUAAUGGAGGCGUACCGCGACGGGCGCGUGCAGUUUGUCAUGGAAGUUGCCUCAGGUGCGCCUCAGAACGCGGAGUAUCUGUUGUCGCUCGGCGCGCUGCAGCUGCUGCUGCCGCCACUCGCGCAGGACAGCAUGGCGUCCGUGCAAUCCGCUGCGACGCUGUCGCAGGGUCGCCUGGCGAAUGUGUCGCACACCAGCGCCAAUCGACAUCACAAGUGCGCAGCAGCAUAUCUAGUCAAGGCCGUGCCGCGCCACGCUGGCGCUGAGCUGGCAGAGGCGGGCGUGCUGCCGUUGCUGACGGAAUGCCUUCCGGAUGCCAUGCUGACAGUGCGGGAGACUGCCGCGUGCGCAUUGGGCCACGUGGCGAAGCACAGCGUCCCGUGUUUCCAUCUCUCCUUAUCGCCAUAUCUCAUGUUCUCAUGUUCCCUUGCAAUUCACCUCCACAUACUCAUCUCCCCGUAUUUCAUAUCCUUAUACCUCAUAGCAGGACGAGGCUGUGGCGCGGAUAGCCCUCUCAGUGCCGACGUGACACCCCACUCGCUGCUGCGGCUGCAUGCUACAGCCUUGGCAGAUGCGGGCGGCAUUGCUGCCGUCAUCUCUCUGUUGGGAUCACCUGACGUCAAGACAAGGCGUCAGGUGCUGUCCUUAUGCCUCUCUGAUCACCUCUGCUGUCCGUUGCAGCACCACGCUUGCUCUUCCCUCCUCUUAACUCUGCAGCUGCCCUUCCCUUCUCUCUUCCCUUGUCGUUUGCUCCUUUCCCCUGUCUCCCCGCCCAUCUGCACCCCUGUGUCCCUUUUUUAUUCCCCUUGUCUCCCUGCCCAUCUGCACCCCUGA